GCGACUUGUCUCUUUACUGCCGCUCCACACGGCGCUCGAUCACCCUCUCCUUCCGCGAGCUAGCUCCAAGAUGGAGAUCUUCGUCAAGACCCUCGCCGGCAAGACGAUCACCAUCAAGGUUGAUCCAUCCGACACCAUCUACAUCGUCAAGACAAAGAUCCAAGAUCAGCAGCGCUUUGUUUUCAAUGGGGAGCAGCUUGAAGACGAGCGUACUCUGAAUGAUUACGGCAUCCAGGAUGAAUCCACUCUCAGCCUCGAUCUGCCCAUCCAAAGGAGGAGGAUGCUAAUCCGUGUCAACACGUUGACUGGUACCUCACUACCUCUUGAUGUGGAGAAUUUUGAUACCAUCGAUAGUGUCAAGGAGAAGAUCUGGGUUGAGAAGGGCAUUCCUGUGCACCAGCAGAGACUCGUCUAUGCUGGAAAACAACUGGAAAAUGGCCGCACCCUGGAGGAGUACAAUAUACGCCACGAAGCUACUCUUCAUCUGAUUCUCUGUCUUCGUGUUUACCCGGAACUAUGAUGGCUGUGAUCACAUGUGCUGAUGAAUGUUUCAAUAUCUGUUGCACAAUCAGUUCCACCUCUUGUUAGUUUUCUCGCGUUGUGGAAGAGUAGAAUAAUCAUGUGUUAUUACAUCGCUGCUGCUCGCAUAGUGCUAGCCAUGUCCGCCGUUACCGAUCGCUCAUUUGGUGGGUUUCAAUCACCACGAAUACUCUCGUUCUCUCUCAAUGAAGGAUGGAAUUGUUAAGUUUCUGGAUUUUGUAAUGUCGUGGGGAAUCUAAUGCUUCUUGAAACCAGCUAUCUGAAUUUU